AUGGAUUCAAAUUGGGAUAUCGGCCAAGGGUCAUCCAGUGAUGAUAAAGGACCUAUGGUCCUCGGUGCCGCAUGGCUUUCCUUCGUUAUAGCGACGUUGGUGGUUGCAGUGCGGGUUUGGUUGCGCACUUGCCUUACAAAACUUUUCGGAUGGGACGAUGCCUUUAUGUUCCCGGCACUGAUUUUCGGAUGCGCACAUUCAGCUCUCGUCAACGCCUCUGUUGAUAACGGACUGGGCACUCACCAGGCUGACCUCACGAAAAGCCAAGUUAUACAACUAACCAAAUAUUUCUGGCUUUCAGGGCCUAUGCAUGAUUUGGCCGUGAACUGGGGAAAGGUGUCUGCUGCGUUGUUGCUCUUGCGUGUCGUGGACAAAGCAAAAAGUCACGCCCUUUACUUCUACCUCGGGAUAACUUUCCUCACGCUUGUCAACACCACGGACGUAUUCAUUAUAUUAGGCCAGUGCAGGCCUACAGAAGCAGCAUGGAAUCCACUCAUUCGAGGUAAAUGCUGGGAAAAGAGCAUUGUGAAGACCUCAGCCUACUUUCAAAGCGCAUGUUGUUGUUUAUCUGAUCUUAUCCUGUCAGGAUAUCCUGUAAUUGUGAUAUCCAAACUCCGAAUGCCUCUUCGCACUAAAAUCACACUUUCGUUAAUCCUUUCGCUGAGUUUAAUUGCCUUUGUUGCACCUGUUAUGAAGGCUUAUUAUAUCUACCGCAUUGGUAGUGACUCAGACUAUUCCUGGAAGAUGGCCGACCUGGCUAUGUGGGGAUCCUUAAAGCACUAUCUGGUCAUAGUCACGGCCUCGAUACCCGCCCUCGGACCUCUAGGCAAACACCUCACACGCAUAGCAUCCUCAAAAGGGUUCGGAUGGUUCUCAUACGGAGAAAAAUCUCGCUCAUCUUCAUAUGCAACGAAGACAAAAUCGCUAACGACAGUCACCGUCAGCUCUGGUCCCAGCAAGAAAUUUUUUAGUGAGGAUUACAGCGUAUCGACUAUGACUGGCGAUGAUAGCUACCCGAUGUCCAAAUACAGCAACGCAUCCAAACAUAGCGCCGGCCGCAAAAAACACAAGCAUAAGCGAAAACAACAAAGUGAAGUAGCGAGCAGUCAGGAGGCCAUCGUCCAGCCCCCUGAGCAGAACACGGAUGAGAUCACGAAAGUGACAGAAGUCUGUAUACAGACGGAGUCAAAGGAAAACAUUGCAGAGUACUGGGAACAGAGGAUCAAGCCUUGGGAGGCUAGGUCCCCUGUUUAA